AUGGCUCCCGCAAACGAAACCCCCGCGCCACUGUCACAAGCCGAAGAGGCGGAAGUUGAAGCGCUGCUCGAAAAGGCGAAGAAAUUUCCCCCGGGCGUGUUUAAACAGCUCCAGGAGGAAGAGCGCAAGAUGCGCGAAAUGGCCGCCGCUGAUCCAGAAAUGGCGCGCUACCUUGAGAGCCUUUGCCGCGCGUACUUGAGCAGCGGAGCGAGUUCGGCGAAACCGGAUACCAAGUGGGAAGAGGAAGAGGAAAGCAAGAAGAAAGAGGAAGAGAAGGAAGAGGAGGAGGGUCAGGCGAAGGUCGAGGGUGGUGAAGAGAAAAGUAGAUGA